UGAAAUUCAAAUCAAUAAAAAAGAACACAAAAUGGAAGCUUGAUGUUGAGUGCAAGUGAAAAGCGAGGGAGAAAGCAAAAGAUUCAAAGAUUUGCAGCAUAUGAUAUGAUAUAGUUGAAAAUUUUAAGCACAAUUUUAGACGCAACUGCAAGAGAGGUUAGUGUUGGAAUCGAGAUAAGUAUGAGGGUUUCUAUAGGAAGCUAUAACACUCCGUUAUCUUUUGUGACGCCUAUUUGCUCGAGACCAAGCGGCGGAGGCCUGAUUUCAAUCAGCUCACCGUCACACUCACCGCCGGCUCUUCGCCUAUCCUCGUUUCCAGGUCUAAGAUUUUGCGGUGGAAGGAAGAUUUCAGUUGGAGCUAGAGCAGGGGUGAAUGGAGCUUCGGAGACGACGUCGUUUGAACCUUACUUGGAAGAAAUGGAUGUCGUCACGUUUCUUGAUCCUCCUAACUAUUUGAUUCCUUUGGAUCCUGGUUCUUAUAAUCCAGCUGCCUAUCUCUGGAAAAAAAUUGAAGACAUACCAGAGGAAAGACGUCAUCGAUUGCUGCAAUUACUUAAUCCGAGGCUUAUUUCAAUAGCUUGGGAGAUAGCUGGUACACGAUACCAUGACCCAAAGUUUGUCAGGAAAACUGAUUCCAACAUUCGUUUUAAUAAAGACGCUGCAAUUCCGUUUCAUGUCUAUAACUGCAGAACCAGUGGAGGUCCAUUUCUUAUUGCUUGGUUGAAAUUCUUCAAGAAGACUAUAUUUUAUGGCAAUAAUGGGAAGACAUAUGGCCGUUUUUCCAGUGGAUCAAUUGUGGCUCAGUUUGCAAAUCAGUUAUGUCCCUUGUAUUUUGAGGUGACUCAAAUGAAAGAAGUAAUGUCAACUGAACAGCCCUGUGAUUUGGCAUAUGAGUUCGGGGAUGGCCUCUUCGAUCUCGAUGAAUUUCCAAGUGGCUUCCCAAAGCCAGUGAAACAUCCAUAUCCGUUCAGUGAUGAGGUUGUGAUAUACAUCCGGCAUAUGGGACCUGGUGUUUUGGUAGGGCAGGCGUGGCAGGAAGGUAAAGAAUUAGACCAAGUGCCACAAAAGUUAUGCGGGGAGAUUUUGAUGGUAAAAGAAUACAAUCCUUCGGAAAAUUAGGAAAAUAUAUUCGGAGAAUUGGAUCGGACCAGAUCACUUUUAUCUAAUUCAUUGGAUCGUGAAUUUUGGAUUGGAUUGAAACUUUGUAUUCUUAGCUGCCAAGAAUCCAUGUUUACAUUAUUUACUAGUAUUCUAUUGUAUUAGGCUUGUUUCAUUGUUGUUUAAUAAUGAUUGAUAUAGAUAUUCUUAUGUUAGCAAUUCUCGAAAUAUAUCUACAUAAUUAAGAGACUUGUAUAAAUUAAUGUAUUGAGAGAUUUAACAUUUAGUCUGUUCUAGUGAGGAACUUCACUUUGCGAGUGCAUUUUGAUAGUAAAA